UGUUUCUAUGUAAUACAUGGGUAUAAUACACCUCUCUGUGUUUCCUUGUAAAAUCCAGCCUGAAAUCAGGCUAGUUCUGUCUAGCAAAACCACUGAAGUUCUUAGCUGAGAUGAUGCAGACUUGUUCUUGGUGUAGAUUUGUGUUGUCAGUUAACUACCCACAUGCUUGGCAUGAGAAUGCCCUGGCAAAUUAGAAAUACACCUGCAAAUAUAUUUUAAAGAUGCUGAAACAUCUCACUGCAUAAAGUUGACACAUAUUCAGUCAAUGUAGCAUGUUUCAAAGCCAACAAAAUGUAGUUGCAGGUCCUUUCUUCUUUUUGAGGUGUUCCUGCCAAGGAACCCAGCUGGGCGGGUUUUGGAAGACGGUACUUCGACACCUCAGGGUCCUAUCUAGAGUGUGCCAGUCAAGCAGACACCUUGCUUGUCAGUUCUUCUCCCCCCACCCCUCAACAGCAGUUGCUAUAUUCACAGCUACCCACUUAUCAGCUAUGGUUUGUUACAAGACAGUGCCAAGAAUGUCAAGCCUUCUCUUCACCAUUCAUGCACUGAUCUUCCUCAAAGGACAUAGACAUGGAGAGAAGACUCUUUUGAACAUCUUCACCAUGCAGGGACCAGUUAAUAGCACAAUCAGUCAUGCUGGAAAGUUUCACCCAACCAAUAUUAGGAAAUGCUCCCUGCUGCCUUGUAAAUCCCUGGUGCCACCAGUAACAGCGGAGGAGGUGGAGGAGGAGGAGGUGGAGGAGGAGGAGGCGGAGGAGGAGACAUUCCAAGCAUAUGGACUCUCAGGUGCUCCAAAGCUCUGCACUGCAUCUUGCUGCCAUGCUGGGCUCCCUCUGAUCCAUGACCACAACUCUGUGCAUCAGACAUCGCUCCAGAACAGCACAGCUCUUUCCCAGGAGAUAAGGAAGGGGGUUUUUUGCCUACACAACAGCUCUCCUCAGCUUUCCCAUGCUGGGAGGGAGGAGAUCUGGCUCCCUCCCUGUCCAAGUGCCAGCCCUGUGGGCCUGCCAUGCCACUGCUGGGAACAUCCAGGGGCAUUAUGCAAUUUGCAGAGGCGGUUUUUCAUGCAGCCUGGCAAGGCAGUGGCUGAUAAUGGCUCUCCCUUUGUAGCACACAAUCGAGCUCAUGAUCUUCUCUCCAGUACAGGCAGCCCACGGUGUUAUGUCCUGUACUGCUGUGAUGACGAGAGCAGGGCUGUGCACAGGACAGGGAGCCCUGCAGCGCUUUCAUCAGUGAAUCACCUACCCUAAGUACUAGUUAGGCACAAAUCAUUAAUGGUCUAAAAAGGGCUGGAAUAAGCUAGCUCGGCUCCAGUGGAAGUGCAGAUUGUGUCUUUUUCAGGAGGCGUGGGAAACCCUUCUUAAGUCUGUUUUUAAACUUCUCAACUUUGGCUUCAGAGUAAUGCCACUGAUUUCAUUUUCCAAAGGUCACGGGAGAAUUCUCUUCUGCUAUCUCCAAAGGGCAUGACAAAUGGUCCUCUAACAAAGUAACGAAUUGUUCAACACAAUGCACUUAGCAAUUACCUUGCCAUAAAGGUAUUUACAGCAGUCUUUAUUUACAGGAUCCUGUGCUGUUUGCCCCAGUAUCAUUCUGCCUCCUGCAUGAUGUUCUUUCACAUUUUGGACUCAAAUUCCCUUCUAACAUGGUGGGAAAAGGAGUCAGCCAUGCAAGAAAUUAGAAGCAAACACUACACUAUGUUACUGAAUGCAAAUCUGUUACCAGCACAAAUCUACGUCCCUUUGGCAGGAGGGAAACCAACCUUGCACCAGCAGCAGAGUGUUUGCCGGCCUGUGGGUUAGAAACACGGUGUCACUGCAAAUCCGGUUAGACAAGUGUGUGCCUGCCUCCCUGACCUCUUCCACUUGGCAGUCUUUUCUUUGCAUUUUUGUCUGAGAGGCUGAUGUGGGAGUGAACAAUGGAAACCAAACUGCCCCUCCAGCCCUCAAGCUGGUCCCAGUACAUCCUGGUGCACAUGCAUUGGCUGAGUGAGGUGAAGGAGAGAUUUCAUCACUGCGGCAUACGGGUAAGUAGAGUCCAAAUUACUGUUUUCCUGUUGAGAAGACUGCCUCUGCAAUAUUUCCUGGCUGAGUAAGGGUGGCAGCCUUAGUUGCACCAGUUUUGACCAGAGAGCAUCUGGAAGUCCAGGUGAAUAUAGGCACAAGCUAAGGAAAAGCAUGCAAACACACGGUGGACAUUAUACCAAAGAAAUCGAGUGGAAAGAUAUUACUUGGCUGACAGUUAAGAGUGGGGGAUUGAUGAGACACAAAAAUCUCAGACAAAACCCUGUUCCUCUGGGAGUUCAGGCCUAAGACUAGACUGGUUGAUGUCCAGCUGUCCUAAGCUGCUUGAUGUAAGAACUUGACACUGGUGGGAUAGACUGGACUUCAAGGCUUAUUUUAAAAGAGUCUGAUACAUUACAGGUGCGGAAGAGAGCUCCUUGGGAGUUGUGGGAAGCAAACCUUUUCUUGCAGGCUCCAGCGGCAGAGGCAUUUGGAAGGGGAAGAGCACUGGUGACAUUACAGCUCUCGGGGCUCUGGAAAUUCUGCCUGUUUAGCUUUUCUUGGUUUCCACCAUCUUCUGUUCUGUCUCUGUUGUUCACCCACAUAAUUACGUAAGAUAUUACCAGCUAAAACUGCAUCUGCUGCCUUAAUAGAUGGCUCAUUAUCUAGGGAGGGAAACAGAAAGGGCAAAAGCUUUUAUGUGCCAACAGCACAUGUUGAUGUUCAUGUGCACUACAGGAGAAGGAAAGGGUGUAACUCGUCUGUCCUAAUUUAUGGCCAGAUGGGCUGAAAGAGUCAAGGUGUAAUGAAGGUCAGUGUGGCUGGGAAUGGGGUAGAGGCAGUGCAAAGUUACUCUCUUGACAAAAAAGCAAUUAAUUCUCCAACAAAGUCCCUCUCUCGUGCAGCAGAACAGAGUGAAGCAGUUCUUGCUGUAUUUAAAAGUACUCCCACAGCUUUGAUCUUUUCCUCUCCUCUGGAAAUGUAAGCUUGUAAAGAGGGUCUGGCCUCUUCUGGGAUGAUGUAUUGGGCCAUGUGGUGCUGGCCUUGCAAAGCAGCAUAGGCAAGCCUGCUGUUCUCUGUACUGCGUCAUUCUGGAAAAGUCUCCUAAUAUUCUGGUUACUGCAGUAAUGGCAACACACUGCUGCAAUGCCCGGGUACCCUGCCUGCUUGGAAAUGCCAUGACAUCGCUCCUUCUCCUAACAAUGUUUUUUUGUCCAGGUUUGGCCACACACAGGAUAGUUAGCUAUGAGUGAAAAUGAAAAAGCAAAUGAUAGAGAACAAGUUCUUCUACCAAAACUCCAUCUCCAAGGACCUUAAAAUGUGGAAGUGUGUAACCACACUAGCUUGCAAGCAACCCUUUAGCCCUGCAUACUCUUCAGUGUCAGAUAUAUCCCAUUCCAAUCAGUAUAUUGUGGCAACCAUCUGUAGACAGGUUUUUCUUUUACUGAUGUUUAAAAUAAACGCUUGUUUUGAACUCAGGACAGAGCUGUAUUGGCUUCAGGUAUCAGGCCUGGUUUCAGUAGAGCUCGUGGCAGAUAUGUACUGAUCUAACCAUAUGGUGGUGGGUUUUGUGCUGCUACCAAUGCUGGCAGGAGACCAAAAUGUUGCUGUGGGCUUCCCCAGCCAUAAAAAUCCAUGAAGUUUUGCAGCUGUAGUUUCAUUUCGUUUCACUGUCUGACUAACCUUCUUCUUACUUGAUUUUCUUUUAUUUCCUCUAUAGGUUUCCCGCACAGAAAGUCUAAGAUUCCAAGUUGCAUUUUGAGAAAGUUUUAAAAUUAACUUCUUCAUUUAUGCGAGAUGACCGUGGGUUUUGGUAAUCAAAUGUGCCGGGGGCGGGGGCAGAGGGAAAGAGAAGACUUCCCAGUAGGGGGUGAAUGCUGAUGACUUUAACAAAGUCACGGUGUAAUAUGCUGUUCUGCUGACUUCUGCCUUCCUUAAUUACCUUCUGAAUCCUGAGAAGCUGAACCGUGCCUCACCAGCUCAUUAUGUCCCCCGGGUUUGCUCUCCCCAACAAAUAGGUGCUUUCUCUGCAGUCUCUGGAGGCUCUUUGUUGCUGCUCUGAUACAUCAGAUGUGUUUGUUUUGCACAUUGAUGUUUGUGUUUUCCGCACUGCUUGUGUUUUCCAAUUCCUUGGAGCAGUGAGGAUGCUGCUGAAUUGUCAGAAUCGAGGUAGGAUGCUGACUUGAGGUUACUGUCAAUGGCCUCAUUAUGUUAACAAGGGAUAUUUUAAGAAACACAAAAGAUGUGGCAUUUACUUUCUUGGGAGAGGGAGGGGAGAGAGAGAGAAUGUGUGUGGAUGAAUGAACUUACACUGCACGUCACCCCACUGUUCAGUUAGAAAUGACUGACUGGCUCUCUCCACAUUGUUUGCUAGCCAGAGCAGCGAUGGCUUCUGAUUUGUAUUCCUGGGCCGCUCGCAGUGUGCUUGGCUCACCCAUGCAUGCAAGGCAAUGCGACCCUUCUUCCUGAAGAGCUCCUCAUCUCUGUCCUGGGGUGUCUGGGUACCUGAAAUGGGCACAGCCUUAACAGGCACAGCAAUGGGACGUGCAGCAUCACAGCAUCUUCGUGCAGAUGUAAGUCAGGGCUGCUGUGGUCUUGUUCCCUCCUUCGAGCCAGCACUAGCAUUGGUGGGGCUGGAAAGCGAGUCAGUCUGGGAAACUGAGCUGGGAGACAAGUAAUGCUAUGAGAAAAAAGUAAUUCAUUCCCUAUACACUUGCCUUCUGGAGGAAGACCGCUAGGUGUGGCCGGGCUAAGGAGAAGAUGGCACCCUAGUCUGCUCUGCUCAGAUGGGCUCUCUCCCUCCAGAUAUUCUUGAGGGAGAAUAUCAAAGAGGAGGAUAUUGCCUACAAAUCUUCUACCUUAAAUGAAAUGGAGACCUGUGCACAGCCCACACCUCUGAAUCAAACGGAGCAAGUUCAUUCCCUUCCUCCCUGUUGUCAGGACGUUGGGAGGUAGUUGGCAUAGCCCUUAUCAAAGGAAAUGUGGUCCUUUCCUUAAGCUUGUCUGCUCAGUGGUGUUGUGUAAACACAGGUCGAUAAGGUGGCACAAAUCCUAUCCUAUGACCAGUAUUCAGCAGCAAAUGAAGCACCCGUAAGUUUAGCAUAGUAUCAUUUCAUGCAUUUACAAUUAAAGACUUAGAUAAAAUUAAUUACUUUCAAGAUGACUCUUUACAAUUGUCUCCUUAUAAUGGAGUUUGUAACCAGUCCGGUGCAGCUUUGCCACUAGGAGAAAUCGCAGACAAUUUAACAGUUGGAUAGAAAAGGUUUAUUUAACAGGUCUUGUGCUUCUUCUCUUACAUUUCCCUUAAGAGAAAAAUAACUCCGUAGCAAAGAGCACAUGCAACACUGAUAGUGAAUUCGAUAGAGAAUUGUCUACAACUGGGGGUUUUACUGUAUUUUUGUUACUCCAAGCAUAAAUAUUUUAGGCACCCUGUUCUUCCAAAUCCCCUGAGUAGAUGAAAUUACAAUAUUACAACAGAAAAGAGCCGUACAUGCUGGAUGGAGUGACCAGAUUCCAGUACCUAUCUCUGACAGCUUUUUUUCCAUACAAAAUGCUGAGGGAAGGAGAAUCUAAAUUCUACCACAAAACAUCAGCUGUGUAUUUAUUUAUUUGUUACUCUGCCUUAUGCGCAGCUGAAAGACCAACAGGGUCCAACAAAAGUGCUGGCUCCUCAACUGAUGGAGGGACUGCAAAGCAAAACCCAGCAUGCCGCAAGGAACAGGACAUAAAGAGAGUUGGGUGAGAUUUCCCUGGAGGAGAUGCCACUGCCUGAGGAAGGGCCCUUUGACUCCUCCUCAGGCAAAGCCCUGAUGUUAGUAUGAGAAGAAAUGGACAGGCUCUCUGGUCUGCUAUCACCUGUAUACCUCGACCACAGCUUGGCCAGGAUGGCUACAUGAAUUUUAUGGUUGUGCCUGGCCUUACAAUAUAUGGACCAGGAAGCAUUAUCUUUAGAGGUACGUGCUAAUUUAUCCCACAUGGGACAAUCAUUUCUGGUUUUCUUUCCCAAGGCAACAUGCAGGGAAGUUGAUUAGUAUUCACUGUAACACUGCUCACUCUGCUCUUGGAGGUUAAAGCACAAGCAAUAAAAAGCCCUUAGCUACACCCUCCAAAAACAACAACAAAAUGCCAAGAUUUCAGGGUGGGGUUGUUUUUGUGGCCCGUUUCUGAAUUUUAAGGCUUCCUACUGCCCCCAUUUUUCAGUCCUGUGAACUAGGAACCAGUGCUUUCACUUUUAAUAUUAACUCUUGAGAGUCUUAGAUAUUGCUCUGACUCCCAAGAAGAUGGGCUUCCUGGAAAACACCCUAUAUCACAAGAUCUAUGGUAGAAGCCUUGUUUAAGCUAUUGAAUUGUAAUCCAAAAAAACCACAGGAGUUAGGUGGGAAAAGUGCAACUGCCCCUCAAUCCUUUCCCAUUUUCUAACAAGCUCUCAUUUGGUCCCUAGUUACAAGAUCACAAAGCAGUUGCCUUCUCAUGUCUGGAAUAUCAGCAAACCCUCCUCCACAAAACUGAAAAUAUUUUUAAUAAUAAAAUGAGGGGUGAGAUUUUUCAAGCUUGGCUGGGGGAACAGAACAACUCAUCCCCCUACGAUGAAAAAGGAGUGGAUCUCUACAUCGCCCGGGCAGCCCUGCUUGCGACAUCAUAGCUGGAACUUCUCAGUCUGUCACGUGCCAAGAAGUGACAGCAGCGGAGGACCUCUGUUGUGAAUGCUGGCCAUGCACAGAUAGAAAAGGAUCUGUUUCAAAAACAAAGACCUCCUGAGCUGUACUUCUGUGGGUGUCUGACUGCAGUUUUGUUUAAAUGUCUGGCUGGUUUUCUUCUGUUGUUAAGAACAAAACACACCUUAUUUUCUGCAGAAAACAAAGGCUUGUUUGGGAUCAUUACAGCUGGUGUUGCGUCCAGGCUGCUGAUUGCCGUUUCCUUUGGAGAUGAAGCUGGUUUGGAAGGGUCCCCCCGCCCUGAGCCCUGCUCUCGUCCUGCCCGCCCGCUGCUGCACGCUGUCCCCCUCCUGCGCAGGGCAGCCGUGGGUGGCCCACGCUGUGUCCCCAACCACUGAAAUCACUGGAGGGGUUUUUUAGGAGGUUACAAACAGCGGUUUAACCUGGGUUCACAGAGCAUCCCAGUGAAAGAAAUAACCUAGCAAGUCAAACGAGAUCAUUUUCUGCUAGAUUAAUGAGCUGAAGCAGGUCUUACGAGCCCUGAAGCCAACACAAAGGAGGCAAUGGGAACUUCUCCCCGGAGCGGGGGUGAGGACAGGGACGAGCAGGGAUGGGAGGAGGAAGAGCAUUUCCCACUUUCGGUCGCAGCCUCUCCACCACGACGUGUCAUUUCACCCUCUGUUGUGCCGUUGGCGCUGAAAAUAGCCCUGCUAAAAAACACAGGCCGCGGUUUGGGUUUGGAUGGAUUUUUGCGUGCACAAACCUGGGUCAGCCCCAGAGCACAGUCCCACCACCACUUACACUGGCCCCAGCAGAGGAAGUGAUUUGGGGAUGAGGGAGGCAAAGGGGGAGGGAGUGAGCUGGCAAGGGGGCUGCUGAGCUGCCGGGCGUGGGAGGGGGAUUCCUCAAACCCCCUAUCAGUCAAUCGUGACAUCAGCUGUGUCGUAUAGACCACUUUCCUGCCGCAGAAGCGUGCAGCCCGCCCGGCCGCGCUCUCGCCGGGGCCGUGCGUGGUUUCUCUCCGAAGCCGCAGGGUCUGACGCGGUGGGUGCACUCUCCUGGCCCAGUCGCGCUGCUCCAGCCCCGCUGCGGGAUGCUGCGUUCGUUCGGGAGCCUUCGGCGCGGGCUGUCUGACGGAUCUCCCCUGCCGUUGCCGUGACAAAGACGACGUAGGCGCUGAUGUGAGCCGGGCUGCAAAACCCAGCGUGUGACUUCCUCUGGAAAGUGGAGGCAAUCGCCUCCUCCUCCACCUCUGGUGACAAGUGCGGGGACCUGAGCCAGCCUUCCUCCCCGCGCACGAAGACAGCAUGACUUUUGGGACCGGUGGUAGGGUCUCCUUCAGCCGAUUAAGCCAACACUUUCUGGAGGUUGUGCUUUAGUCAGACUCCAGCCAUAAGGCUUGAGUGGAAACAGUGGGUGAUGCAUUAAAGCCUACACCUUACAGGAGGUCAGACUAAAUAGUCCACUGGCCUUCAACUCUAACAUGGGAGGAAGUUCAGUUUUCAUUUCACUGCUAGUUGCCAUAAUGGACUGUCCCCAAAAUGUUUCUAUCACAGUCCUCAUGGCAAUCCAGGCCUUGAUGCAACUGAACUUUGAAGAGAUUUGGCCCUACUUGUACUGUGGCUUAUCUUGCUAUUAAAAGUAAUUUUAAUUUCUAAUUUGUGAAUCUUGUUACUGCUACCAGCCCCUGGUCCUUUAUACAUCAAUGCAAUAGCUGAACGUGUUUAGCUUUGCCUCAUGCCUGUGAGAGAGUGGAGUCUUUUCAACCCCGUUGAUAGCUUGGGAAAUGGAGGCACAGGCAGACCAUUUUAGAAAUAAGUUGGGCAUUAACUAAAGCCCUGGGUUUACAUCCCUGCUUGACCACAGACAUGCUUUGUCACCUCACUUACAUGUGUGUGUUUGGUUUUUAAUCUGCUCUUAAGUGACUGCAUAUGGUUUAAGGUACCAGACUCAGUUCACUGAGUUAAUCUAAGGACCUGGGAUCCCAGACAGUUUUUAGUGGUAUAUGGGCACUUCGGACAAAGCAUCAGAUACUUUUUUGUGUUCUUAGGGGAAAAAAUUGAAACCAAACUUUCUCAGGAAAUUUGUGGCCCAAGCAGGAGAGAGGACCCAGGUUUUCUGAGCUCCAACCAUUUCACCUUUCUUCCCCACCCCCAAAGCCUGUCUGAGAACAUGUGCUAGGAAGGAUGCCUGUUUAGAUACAGUGCAGACCUUUAUUCUUCUCUCCUCGCAAGUGUAAACUUCUAGGAGGUCAUAUAUGUUUGGCAGGAUCAUUUAAUAUACCCACUUUGUGUACGUAGACAAAACGUCAGGAUCAGGACUGAAUGUGUGGAUAUGAGGAGAGAAAUCCCAUCUGUGCAGUGGAGCAGGAGCUCGGUUUUGGUUAGGAUUUCUGCCCACCAGCUGGUCCGGAAAACUAUGUAACGUAGCAAGCCAAGUAAUCCCGUUUUGAGUAAUAGGUAAAUUGAUUUACAACCGUCUCUUAAGGCAAAGAAGAUAUACACUAUGUGUCCUCUUUUAACUGUACUUCUUUUAAGAGUGCAAUCAGCAAGCUAUUAAUUAGCUGGUUAGCUUAACAGCCUUAGAGGAGGCUGUGCCUGUUUUCCUUCUCCCCAGACCACACAUCCCACUUCUGGGAACUGCUGAGGUCUCGUGUCAGGAAGAGACAAGAAGGUAAGGUGAAAAAGAGUAAGGUCAACCAAGCUCCACUUCCCCACGAACAGACAUCUUAAGUAAUGAAGACAAAACCCCAGGGAAGGGAGGACUCCAUGAGAGAGGGGCAACAGGUGGAGGAAACGUGAAACACAUCCCAGCAAAUCCAUUAUGGACAAGUAUUAACACCUCAUCUGCCGCACAUGACAUCGUAUCACUGUUCCAGCUGCUGAGGCUUUGGACCGUCUUGUGAAACUUGUUCGAAACCCUGGAGGAGGAUUUCGCUCCUAAAGCUCUCCAACCUGUUUCAGCAGGGGUUUGUGGGCAGCUAGCAAUUACUGGCAGGACAAGGCUGAUGACCUAAUGCCUGUGCUGGCUUGAAGGAGACAAGCUGAGGUUGUGACUUAGGCCUCUUUUUAGGAACUAUUAGCAAGGGGGAGCCCGUUUGCCUUUUUCCCUGUAAAAUACAAAGCAAAGAUGCAAACCAAGGCACACAUACACACACGUGGGUGAUUGACUUGUUUGGCUCUUGGUGGCUUAGCCUGGGCACCUGCUUGCAUAGCUGUGACACCAGAGGUGCUUUUGGGAUUUCACGUACUGCAAAGACACGUCAUGUACUGGGUGGCAUCCUCAAAAAUCCCCGUGAUAAGCAGAGAAAAUGCAAAGCUAGAGAGCAGGUGGUGUUGGAAAUGAAGAGGCCGAUGGAAAGGGAAGGGGGAAGGGAAGAGCUUUUGGAUGCCAUUCAGGAUGGCUGGAUAGAGACACCAUGGGAGUAUUUCAGAAGAGGGAGAACAGAGCUGGUGGGAGACCGGUAAUGCUGUGACAGGAAGCCAGUGCCGUUUGUGAGCUUGGGGAAGGAAGUAUAAGGGGUGUAAGGUCUUGAGCCCAGUGCUUUUUCCUUGCGGAAGAGAGUUUCCCUUCCUUAGUGGUACAACACCCUCCUUCCCACCCAGUCCCCAGACUUUAGGCAGUGCCUGUGCAACCGAGUGAUUUUUGCAGGGACAAUUAUAGAUGGUCUCUUCUGAUAAUGUGCAAAGCAAGAACAAGGCAUGUCCUAAAGGUAAGGAGCUGGCUGGCCACGUUGGGGUUUCACAUCUCCUGUGAACCCAAACGCUUCGUGUUGAAAUGAAAGGGGAGCUCACAGGUGGGUUGCUGCAGGAGAGGGGAGAGAGGAAUCACCUGUGUCCUGCUCUGGGAGGGAAGGGUCUGGGUAAGGCCACGAGCGCCGAGCACGGGUAGUUAGUUAGCAGAGCGGUGUGAUGCUCCGUACCGCCUGCCGUGAAGUCAGAAAACCCCAGAGGAUUGCCAGCUGCUGGGAAACGUGCUCGCAGUAACACUGGAGUCAGCCAGCUUGUGAAUAAAAUCAUCAGCUAAUCAUCCUUCACUGACAGAACUCGGUGUGCAUAUCGUUGGGAGAUUCCUGUUUUCAUAGAUCAUCUCAGUUGCUUAAUCACGUUUGAUUUCCUGGGCUGAAGUGCAACUUAAUUUCCUAGAAUAUGUGCCAGACUAUAUUCUGCAGGUAGCUAUUCUUGAUGUGCUUUGCUUCCUUGAUUUCUUCUGAUGGGAUGCUUUAGAGUAGGGAUAAAGAGAAAACAGAUUCCAUUCCAUUGACAUCUGGUUUUGUUUUUAAACGGCAACAAAUUUAAUGGCAAUCUAAUUUAAAUUUGCUUGUUAUGGAAAAAUUUAAAAAAUAUUGGGAAAAUUAAAUAUUUUGUUUUAAUAACUGGAAACAUGAAGAGAUCAAUCACAUUAAAAAUAUAUCAAUGCAGGACAAAAGUUUUAAAGUUAAGAGAAAAUUGAUCUAAAUGAGAAUGU